CGAGCAUUCGGCGGUCACUAUUCCCGGUCACGUGCGCAGAGUGCCGUUGACUUUGUCACAGCCGCACGAAGUAGCUAUUACUGUUAAGAAGGGGACAUUUGCCGCGCAGCUUCUCUCACUUCGGGCGGCAGUGCUAAUUUUUGCGCGCCUCAUCUCGCGGCAGGGCGGACGAUGCGCGCUGCCGCGUGACUCGACGCUCGUGUUAGCUAGGCGGGCAGCGCGGCGCGGGGACCGCGCGUUUAUUGACACUCGCUGGCAGCGCUUCCGAGCCGCCAGCUGGCGAUGGCCGCGGCUCGCGCUCCUCUGACGCACGUCACGUUACCGUCCGCGAGCUAGACCUCGCGGCAGCCUGGUGUGUCCUGACAGGUACAUAGAGAUACACAUAUUCACAGGAGCGCUCGCGCCAGGCUUCUUUCUCCAGGCGCACGUAAAAAAGAACAACAACAAUAGUAACAAUAACAAUAAUAAUAAUAACAAUUGAAUAGAAGAUGCCCGCUGUGUCGAAAGGAGAUGGAAUGCGCGGACUGGCCGUGUUCAUUUCGGACAUACGGAAUUGUAAGAGCAAGGAGGCCGAAAUAAAGCGCAUUAACAAGGAACUGGCCAACAUCCGCUCCAAGUUUAAAGGCGACAAGGCGCUGGACGGCUACAGCAAGAAGAAGUAUGUGUGCAAGUUGCUCUUCAUCUUCCUGCUGGGCCACGAUAUUGACUUUGGCCACAUGGAAGCCGUCAAUCUGCUGAGCUCCAACAAGUACACAGAAAAACAGAUUGGUUACCUGUUCAUCUCCGUCCUGGUGAACAGUAACAGCGAGUUGAUCCGCCUCAUCAAUAAUGCUAUUAAGAACGACCUGGCCAGCCGGAACCCGACCUUCAUGUGCCUGGCUUUGCACUGCAUCGCCAACGUGGGCAGCAGGGAGAUGGCGGAGGCCUUUGCCAGCGAGAUACCGCGCAUCUUGGUCGCCGGGGAUACGAUGGACAGCGUGAAGCAGUCGGCAGCCCUGUGCCUCCUGCGCUUGUACAAGACGUCUCCCGACCUCGUGCUCAUGGGGGAGUGGACGUCCCGGGUGGUGCACCUGCUCAAUGACCAGCACAUGGGCGUGGUGACGGCGGCCAUCUCUCUGAUCACUUGUCUGAGCCAGAAGAACCCGGAGGAGUUCAAGACGUGCGUGUCCUUGGCCGUGUCUCGGCUGAGCAGGAUCGUGUCCUCAGCCUCCACGGACCUUCAGGACUACACUUACUACUUUGUCCCGGCCCCCUGGCUCUCCUGUAAGUUGCUGCGACUGCUGCAGUGUUACCCGCCUCCAGAGGAUGGCGCCGUCAAGGGCAGGCUGGUCGAGUGUCUGGAAACGAUCCUCAACAAGGCCCAGGAGCCGCCCAAGUCCAAGAAGGUUCAGCAUUCCAACGCAAAGAACGCCAUUUUGUUUGAGGCUAUCGCUCUCAUCAUUCACUAUGACAGCGAGCCCAACCUGCUGGUCCGGGCCUGUAACCAACUCGGUCAGUUCCUGCAGCACCGCGAGACCAACCUGCGCUACCUGGCGCUGGAGAGCAUGUGCACGCUGGCCAGCUCCGAGUUCUCCCACGAGGCGGUGAAGACGCACAUCGAGACGGUCAUCAGCGCUCUCAAGACGGAGCGGGACGUGAGCGUGAGGCAGCGGGCCGCCGAUUUGCUCUAUGCCAUGUGCGACCGCAGCAACGCCAAGCAGAUAGUGGCGGAGAUGCUGAGCUACCUCGAGACUGCCGACUACUCCAUCAGGGAGGAGAUGGUUCUCAAAGUUGCCAUCCUGGCCGAGAAGUACGCGGUGGAUUACUCCUGGUACGUGGACACCAUUCUGAACCUGAUCCGCAUCGCCGGCGACUACGUCAGCGAGGAGGUCUGGUACAGGGUCAUCCAGAUCGUCAUCAACCGCGACGACGUCCAGGGCUACGCUGCGAAGACCGUGUUCGAGGCCCUGCAGGCGCCGGCGUGUCAUGAGAACAUGGUGAAGGUUGGCGGCUACAUCCUGGGGGAGUUCGGCAACCUCAUUGCCGGAGAUCCCCGCUCCAGUCCCCUGAUCCAGUUCAACCUGCUGCACUCCAAGUUCCACCUGUGCUCUGUUCCCACCCGAGCCCUGCUGCUCUCCACCUACAUCAAGUUCAUCAACCUGUUCCCCGAGACCAAGUCCACCAUCCAGGAAGUGCUGCGCUGCGACAGCCAGAUCCGCAACUCGGACGUGGAGCUGCAGCAGAGGGCCGUCGAGUACCUCAAGCUGUCCUCCAUCGCCAGCACGGACGUCCUGGCGACGGUUCUUGAGGAGAUGCCUCCCUUCCCUGAGAGGGAGUCCUCGAUCUUGGCGAAGCUGAAGAAGAAGAAGGGCCCGGGAGCGGUGUCUGGGUCCGAGCUCGAGGAAGGCAAGAGGGACGGAGGAGAGCUGAACGGAGGUGCGGAGAGGGGCAUCGAUGCUGCGGCGACCAUCGCCUCGAACGCUUCGACCCCGUCCCCUUCGGCCGACCUGCUGGGUCUCCGCAGCGGAGCCCCCGCCGGUACCGCGGCCCCGAGCGCCAGCAGCCUGCUGGUGGACGUGUUCUCCGAGGCGGCGCCCGCAGCUCCGUCGGCCGUCGCGGAGGAGAACUUCCUGAGUGAUCUGGAACGUCCCGCCGAGGCCUCCGACUCAGUGUUGGUCGAGGCUCCCGGGGAAACGGAUUCCGCCCCCAACUCAUGCUCGUUCGGCGCCGAAGAGUGUUCUCCACCUCUGCCCGAGUCCGACGAGCUUCUCAACAAGUUCGUGUGCAAGAACAACGGUGUUCUGUUUGAGAACCAGCUGCUCCAGAUCGGGGUCAAGUCCGAGUAUCGUCAGAACCUCGGGCGGAUGUACCUCUUCUACGGCAAUAAGACGUCAGUGCAGUUCCUCAAUUUCAGCACCGCCGUCACUUGCCCCGGGGAGCUGCAGUCUCAGCUCAAUGUUCAGACGAAGCCGGCGGAGCCUGUCGUGGAGGGUGGAGCGCAGGUGCAGCAGGUGCUCAACAUUGAGUGUCUCUCCGACUUCUCCGAGGCGCCACUGCUCAACAUCAAAUUCAGGUAUGGAGGCGCUCUGCAAAACAUCACGCUUAAAUUGCCCAUCACCAUCAACAAGUUCUUCCAGCCCACUGAGAUGUCAUCCCAGGACUUCUUUCAGCGCUGGAAGCAGCUCAGUCUGCCGCAGCAGGAGGCGCAGAAGAUCUUCAAGGCCAAAAACGCCAUGGACGCAGAAGUGCUGAAGGCCAAGCUGCUGGGUCUGGGGACGGCCCUGCUGGAGAACGUGGACCCGAACCCGGAGAAUUUUGUGUGCGCCGGGGUCAUUCAGACCAAGGCCAAGCAGGUGGGCUGUCUGCUGAGGCUGGAGCCCAACGCGCAGGCCCAGAUGUACCGUCUGACGCUGCGCAGCAGCAAAGACACGGUGUCGAAGCGCCUCUGCGAGCUGCUGGCGGAGCAGUUUUAGGACGAGCGUGGGGACGAGGCCGUGCGCUCCUCGAUGCGUCCGUCAUCAAAGGAAUGGCAAAAACCCUCCAACAUGCUUACAUAAGGGAAAUGUAACUAUCACCACACGACAGCUCUUCAUUAUAUUAUUAUUAUUAUUAUUAUUAUUGUUACUGUUAUUGUCGUGCUUACUGUCAUUAUCGUUGUUUUUAUUGCCAGUAACAAUAUGCGUGUAUGCACACUUGUGUAUGGCGGUGCGUUUGUUUUGCUUGUUUCCUUCACUUGUCCUUAUUUCCCGUUGGGAGCGCGAGGGUACAAGUGCGUUAGACGCAAACAAGGCACUGAUCUAGAACAUUCCUUCCUUGUGUUUCUGGCUCACGGGAACCGAUCGUUGACUCGUGCACUUUCUGGAACGUGCCGGAGCUCACCUGCAUCCUCCGGCAGCGCCCUGUCCUCCUGUAACCCUGUCCCUUCCGUGCUGGAAGCUGCUGAGUCACUGGGUGAGCGGGGUGGUUGUCCGUUCUAGACCCUGGCCAGCAGCGCUCCGGAGGAUGAGUGCUGACCCCCCGAUCGGUGUCUUUCCCGCCGCAGAUGACACAAGCGUCGACUACAUUUCUUUAAAAAAAAAAAAAUCCUUUGUGUAAUUAUGGCUUAUUGUCUACACAUUUCAGUGGUGUUACGUAUUUCUAUAUUCAAACGUUAUAUUGCGGUCCUUUUUAAUAUUCGUUUCUAAGUUAGGUUUGUUUAUGAAGUACAAGUCCCAUCCUUGCGUAGGCUGGACGACGUUGCGAAAGUCGCUUUUCCGUCCCUCGUCUCUUGGCCCCGUUCGGGGAGCGAGCUCCUGACAAUGAAGAAGUGGUUCAAAUGUUUCAGUUACUGUCAGAGGCACUUUUACUUGGCAUCGCGGUAAAGUGAUGGCUGGGCUGCCGGACACGGUACGCACAUUGACAUUUACAUUUAUUCGUUUAGCAGACGCUUUUCUCCAAAGCGACGUGCAUCUCAUAGAA